AUGCGGCUCCAGCAGCAGUCGGUGCUGCUGCUGCUGCUGCUGCUGCUGCUGCUGCUGCAUGGGUAUCCAGCCCAGCGAGCAGCAGCAGAACAGCUAGCACCAGUAGCCACACCAGCACGAGCAGACUUAGCAGCAGGUGCUGCUGCCUCGCAGCAGCAGCAGCAGCGCUGCACCCCUACCUCAGCCGCGUCUGCACAAGAAGCAACAACAACUGCAGCAACAGCAGCAGCAGCAGCAACAGGGCGGCGCAUGCAUUUUGCAGCAGUAUUGCCUCGCGCAUGGGGUGUCUUUUCCGGUAGAGGUGCUGGUGCAGCACCAGCAGCAACAACAACAGCAGCAGCAACAACAGCAGCAGCAGCAACAGCAGCAGCAAGAGGGUGGCGCGUUGCUGAGAGACCUGCUGCUGCAGGGUGCUUAGCCUUUGGUUUCCGCUGGAACAGCAGCAAGAAGAAAGCUGAAGGGGCAGCAGCAGCAGCAGCAGCUGCUGCUGCUGCUGCUGCAGAGGAUAAGGCCCAAGAGUUGGAGCACGGAGUGCUGCUGAGACGGGCGAAGGAGGCUUUGCUGCUGCUGCACGAUCAGGUGUGUAUACAGCUGCGGCAGCACGAGCCUGAGCUGCGAGUAAUGUGUCGCUCCCUAGGGCGGUUGCUGCUGCAGUGUAUCGGCAGCUUGCUGCGAAUAAAUGCAGCAUCUGCUGCUCUGCUGCUGCCGCUCUGCGCUUCAUGGGGCCUCGGCUCUUCCUUAUCUCGCGUCCGCCUAGAUGAUCCUUUCCUGCUGCAACAGCUGCAGCUGCCAGCAGGGGCGACACCAGCUCUGUACGGUCUCAGCUUUACAGAGGUGGCGAUCCCUGUAGAUGAGGCUAACAGAAGUCAGGCUGGGGGCGCCAGCACAGUGCAGCAGCAGCAACAGCAGCAACAGCAGCAGCAGCAGCCGCAACAGCAGCAGCAGCACGAGGGAGCGACUGCUUCCCUCGUCUUAGCGCAGCAGGAAGGCGUCUCUUCGCAGCCGGAGCAGCAGCAGCAACAAGACCAGCAGCCGCCUCCACAACAGCAAUCCCAGCAGCAAAAAGUGCAGCAACAACCGCAGCAGCAGCAGCAGCAACUACGGGGCUGGCUGAUACCGGCUGAGCAGCGCAGCAGCAGGAAGGCUAUUAUUUGCAUGCACGGUUGGCUGUCUAACAGACAGGCGUGUCUCCCUUUCCUUGAAGCAGCUAAACAACUUAAGCUCCACAAGGACCACCACAUUUUGCUGCUGGACAUGCGAGGAAGCGGCGACUCUGCUGCAGUUCGUCGGGCUGCAGCAGCGCCAGCAGCAGUCCCUCCUUCCCCCAGCAGCAGCAGCAACAGCAGCAGCAACAGCAGCAGCAGCAGCAGCAGCAGCACGGGGGAAGAUUGGUGGGCUGUCGAAGCAGCAGCAUCGCAGCUAGCUACAGAUGCACGAGAAGACCUGGCAGCAGCAAUUUGCUUCUUAAAGAGACAAAUUAACGCUAAAGAAAUUGGGGUGUAUGCACAGGGUGGAGCUGCAAUGGGCGUCUUGCUGCUGAAGCGGGAAGAAGACUGGCUGCAGCAGCAAGGGGUGUCUCUCGAAAAAGUGCUGCUGGAUUCUCCCAUAUGCAGCGCUGCUGCGCUGCUGCAGCAGCAAGCAUCAAACCGCCCCGUUGCGCGCUCGCUGCUGCAGCUGCUGCAGCACCUCACAUGGGGCCUUGGCAGCAAGGCGACGUACUUACUAAAGAAAGGGCAGCACUGCAACCUAGCAGCAGCAAAUGCUGCCGCAUUCAAAGCCGCAGUUGCUGCUGCUUUUGUCUCUCCUUCGUCGCUGCAGCGGCUGUGGCGGUUGCUGCUGCCAGCAGCAGCAACGCGAGCAGCAGCUCCUCCUGAAUCUGUACUGCUGACGCCCAGGGAUCUUUCUAUGAUGAAAGAGCAACAGCAGCAAAUCAAGCUGCAUCAGCAGCACAUGCUGCAGCAAGACAAACAGGCGGCGAAGGGCCUUCUGCUGCUGCUGCCUGUGAGAGAAUUUAUUUUCUCCGUCGAAGGCCUCAGCGCUUUGUCUCCUUAUGCAUUCACCUGCUGCAUUUGCAUGCAUGCAGCAGCAGCAGCAGCAGCAGCAGCGGCAGCAGCAGCAACAGCAGCUGCAGCAGAAGCCCUCUCCUAUUCACCCCACACUGAGGCUCCUGCUGCGGAGCAUCUCAUAGCACCGAACCAGCAGCGGCCAGCAACUGCAGCAGCAGCACAUCAGCAGCAGCAGCAGCACAUCAGCAGCAGCAGCAACAGCAGCAACAGCAGCAGCAGCAACAGCAGCAGCAGCAACAGCAUGCAAGGGCCCCUGAGUAACGGCAGCAGCAGCAGCAGCAGCAGCAGCAGCGCGGAGGCCUUAGCGGACGGGGCGCCGGCGAGCGUGCAGCCGCUGCACCGGGCAUAG